AUCGCCGGUUUGUUAUUGUAUGCGGUAAUCACAUCUCAUCAGCGCAGCUGAUCCAGUUUUCGAUUACAAAUCCCAAAAAAGAUGGGCCGAUCCAGCCGGUUCGCGUUCUUCGUCACUGAAGCCGGCCGCCAGUGGAUGUUCUACGGCUCGACAACCCUCGCCGUGGGACUGUUCGCCGGUCAUUACAUGCCCCACACGGUCGGAAUCAGCUACUUCAAGGAGUUUGUCCAGGCGUACAAACAUGGCCAGGAACGUGAGCUGUCCGAGAAGAUUCAGAAGCGCUUCGAGCGUGCCGUUCAGCUGGUGGACCUGUCGGUGUUCGAGAAGAAGUUCGUUAAGCCAUUUGCGGUGUUUGGCUUUGACGUGUUCAACGCCGGUUCGAUGAAGUCUCGGUUCGGAGCGUUGGUUGGGGUUCCGACAAACUACGAGUACGACAGUGUGGCGGACAUCGAGAAGGAGGACGUCAUUAUCCGGGGCAACAAGAUCGACUGGAACUCGGAGGGUGGAAAGCUGCUGGAGGAUUGCUUGGUUGUGUCGGAAGACGAACAGGUGUUCGGGAUGGCACGCGAAAUUCUCACUCUGAACUCGCACAAGAGGUUGAUCCAAUCGAUGAUUCCUACCGUUUCGUGGGUCUUCACGUACAGCGUGGCGUCGUUGGUGAAUCAGAGGUGUAACUUUUACGUGAGGCCGUUCUCGCUCCGGUGCAUGCUGUACUUCAUCUGCGGCUUUCUCGGGUACGGAAUCUACUCCUUUUCGACGGACAUGAGCGAGAUCUACUUCGACACGAGUGUGGACAAAGAGCUGGCAAAGCUGGGACCGGAAGUGGUGGAUGCCGGAGUGCGGUUUUACGACAAGAUUCUGAAGAAGAAUGUCGCCAUCCGUAAGCUGACCGGCGACGACUAUUACACCGCCAAGGGUAACGUCAACUACAUGAUCCGACAGAAGGCGGCCCCGUUAACAGUGCGCAAAGAUUUCUUCGUGACGGGUUACCAAGAGUUUGUCGAUAAUGCACAGAAAAGUUAGAUGUGUUGAGAUGUAAUAAAACAUGCUUGGUUAUUUAAAAU